GCAGAAGACCAUCAUCCCGCAAAGAUGGUGGUGGAUACAACACUUUACGAUCUGUUGGGUGUUGAACCAGAAGCAAGUCAAUCACAAAUCAAAAAAGCAUAUCACAAGAAAUCACUCGAAUGUCAUCCUGAUAAGAACCCACACAGACAAGAAGAAGCAAGUAAAGAAUUUCAAACACUCAAUCAUGCAUUUGAAAUCUUGAAUGAUGAUCAACAACGUGCAACGUACGAUCAAGUUGGAGAAGAAGGAAUGAGACCGGGUGGCGGUGGGGGAGGAAUGGAUGCAGAUAUGGAUGAUAUAUUUGCUUCUAUGUUUGGUGGAAUGGGCGGAAUGGGCGGAAUGGAUGGUAUGGGAAUGGGCGGCGGAGGAGGUGGUGGUGGAAGAAGGCGAGCAAGAAGAGAACGAAAGCAAGCGCCAGCAACUACUUUGAACUAUACAGUAACCCUAGAAGAUCUCUAUAUGGGCAGAGAGACUCACUUUCAAGUGUCACACGACAUCUUUUGUCCAACCUGUCAAGGAAGUGGAGCCAAACCCGGACUAAAAGCACAAGAGUGCGUUGAAUGUAGUGGAAGUGGAAGUAAGACAAAAUUACAAAGUAUGGGGAAUGGAUACGUUCGUCAAAUGUAUGUCGAUUGUACUUCCUGUAAAGGAGUAGGAAUGAGGGUUCGUGAACGUGAUAGAUGUAAACGAUGCAAAGGUUCUCAAACUGUCAAAGCAAAAGCAAAAUUGGACGUAAAGAUCUUUCCGGGUAUGCGUGAUGGUCAGAAACUCGUCUUUCGUGAACAGGCAGAUUGCGUACCUGGGUGCAAAAAGCCUGGUCAUAUGAUUCUCACUCUCAAGUUACGCAAACAUGACUCCAUUCAGGUCAACAACAACGACUUAUUGACAGAGGCUAUUAUUACUCUAAGUGAAUCAUUGCUUGGAUUGAAUCGCACUGUCUUUACGCAUUUGGAUGGGCGUUCAAUCAGGAUCGAGACAAAGAAGGGAGAAGUGAUCAGACCGGGUGAUGUUUGUGUAUUGCGAGGUGAAGGUAUUCCAGGAUAUCUAUCAGCACGAACGGGUGAUCUGUACAUCAAAUGGAAUAUCGAAUUUCCUCCAGACGAUUGGCUCUCGGGAAUCGAUGCUCUCAAAUUGUCCGGCUUACUUCCGCCAAAGAGAUCGGAUCCCGCCAAGAAUCACACUCUUGUUGACGGAAAAGUCAGUCAAAAAGUGACAUCAACAAAAGGUCGUUUAGAUGAAUUUGGAUCACAUUCACUUCCUCCCUUGGAAGAUCCGGAACCAGAUUCUGAUGAUGAGGAAGGAGGCGGAAAUGGUUGUAUAAUCGUAUAA